AUGGAUGCAGAUGAAGCAGUAAUUGCAGCACUGGGCUAUAAGCAAGAAUUCAAGCGUGAGUUUUCCCUAUGGACAACAUUUUGCGUUAGUUUCUCAGUCCUGGGCCUUCUGCCCUCGUUUGCAAGCACUCUAACCUAUGGAAUGGGAUAUGCCGGAACGGCUGGUAUGGUCUGGGGCUGGAUCAUUGCUAUGAUCUUCAUUCAAUGCGUCGCAAUGUCAAUGGCCGAGCUAUGUUCGGCAAUGCCUACGAGUGGCGGACUAUAUUACGCCGCGGCUGUCCUCGCUCCUCCAGGAUGGGGUCCCUUCGCAGCAUGGAUUACAGGAUGGUCGAAUUGGAUUGGACAGAUCACCUCAGCGCCAUCAGUGGACUAUGCAUUGGCCGCCAUGAUCCUGGCCGCUGCAUCGAUCAGUAAUCCGGAUUACGUUCCGACAAACUGGCAGGUGUAUCUGCUCGCAGUUCUGAUCAUGAUCAUCCACGCCGGAAUCAGCAGCCUGCCCACAAGGCGUGUGGCACAGAUCAAUUCAUGGGGCUCGGCCUUUAACUUCGCCGCACUUGUCGUGACAUUGAUCGUUAUCCCGGCCGCAACAACAAACGAGAACCCAAGGUUCACAUCUUCUCAUGAAGUGUGGAGCCACAUCGAGAAUCAGACUGAUUUCCCUGAUGGAGUGGCUGUGCUCAUGACCUUUGUUGGUGUUAUCUGGACUAUGUCUGGCUACGAUUCGCCUUUCCACCUGAGCGAGGAGUGUUCAAACGCUAACGUCGCCUCACCCCGCGCCAUCGUAAUAACUUCUGCUGUCGGUGGGCUUCUAGGCUGGUUUCUACAACUAGUAGUAGCCUAUACAGUUACCGACAUCGACGCCGUCAUCGGUUCCGAACUAGGCCAGCCAUGGGCAUCAUACCUCCUACAAGUCCUGCCCCAAAAAGUCGCACUAGGCAUUCUCGGCUUGACAAUUGUCUGUGGUUUCUCUAUGGGUCAGGGAUGCAUGGUAGCUGCGUCACGAGUGACAUACGCCUAUGCACGCGAUGACUGCUUCCCAUACUCCAACAUCUGGAAGAAGGUAGACAAGCGCACCGACACACCCGUAAACGCCGUAAUCAUCAACGCGAUCCUCGGAAUAUUGAUGUGUCUCCUCGUUCUGGCCGGCGACACCGCUAUCGGCGCCCUUUUCUCAAUCGGAGCAAUCGCACAGUUCGUUGCCUUCGCCAUCCCAAUCCUGAUCCGAGUCUUCUUCGUCGGCCACCGAUUCCGCAAGGGCCCCUGGCAUCUCGGUCCAUUCGGAUCCUUUAUCGGCGGUCUAGGCGUUGCCUUUGUCCUGCUCAUGGUUCCUAUCUUGUGUCUCCCCAGUGUUACAGGUGCUGAUCUCACACUCGACGAGAUGAACUGGACCUGUCUUGUAUAUGGUGCCCCUAUGCUCAUCGUCACCAUCUGGUGGUUUGUUGAUGCUCAUAAAUGGUUUACUGGGCCUAAGGUCAAUAUUGAGCAUUCCAUUCAUUCAGAGCCUAUUCUUAGUGAGGGGAUUGAGCCGGAGACUAUUCCUAGUAUGGGGUUGACGGACUCUGGCAAGACUCUGUCAUCAUGA